UCCUGUCCUUUUCAUGCUGGAGGGAGGCUGGAUUUGGGAUGAAGGUCUUGGGAGUCACAUGGAGCAAAGUUUUUGAUUGAUGUCCAAGAGCCAUUACUACACUUUUCUCAGGCGUGUAGAGUAGUGCUGAACUUUGAUGCUGCUUCUGAAUGCAGCCGAUUCGUAGAUUGUUUUCAAAUUCAUUCUACCGAACUUGUCCGCUGCUUUCCCCAUCAUGUUUCAAUCCUCCAGCCGGCGUCAAUUCGUUUAAACUUCUGCUCUUGCAACUUUGAAGACUCUCAAGAAGACCAUCGAAAUGACUGAGGAGAGCAAAGCCGACCACAGUGCCCAAAGUGGGAAAGAUUUAGAGAAACAGCUCCGUUUGCGAGUUUGUGUUUUGAACGAACUUCUGAAGACCGAACGGGAUUAUGUUGGGACGCUGGAGUUUCUCUCGGUACUUCUUCAUCGCCUCAAUCAGUAUGCUGUGUCUAAAAUUGAUAAGAAUAUCACAGAGGAAACUGUCAAGGUGCUGUUUUCUAACCUGGAAGAGAUCCUGUCUGUGCACAGGGACUUCCUGUCCAUGGUCGAAGAGCUUCUGCAGCCCGACCCCAACCCGUAUCAUGAAGUGGGCCGCUGCUUCCUGCACUUUAGAGGAAGGUUUCAGAUUUACGACGAGUACUGUGGGAAUCAUGAGAAAGCCCAGAGGCUUCUGCUGGAGCUCAAUAAGAUCAGGACAGUACGCACGCUUCUGCUGAACUGCAUGUUGCUGGGCGGCAGGAAGAACACAGAGGUUCCUUUGGAGGUCUGCCUGGUUGCACCCAUCCAGAGAAUCUGUAAAUACCCAUUACUCCUGAGAGAGCUGCUGAAAAGAACCCCAAAGAAACACAACGACUACUUGAUGGUGCAGGAGUCGCUGCAGGUUAUGAAAGCCGUUUGCUCCAAUAUCAAUGAGGCCAAAAGGCAGAUGGAGAAACUGGAGGUGCUGGAAGAGUGGCAGUCUCAUAUUGAGGGCUGGGAGGGCUCCAACAUCACAGACAGCUGUACGGAGAUGCUCAUGCAAGGAAUUCUGCUGAAGAUCUCUGCGGGGAACAUCCAGGAACGCAUCUUCUUCCUCUUUGACAACUUGCUGGUGUACUGUAAGAAGAAGAACAGGCGUUUAAAAAACAGUAAGACGGCCACUGAGGGUCCUCGUUACUUGUUCCGAGGCCGAAUCAACACAGAGGUCAUGGAGGUGGAGAAUGUGGAUGAUGGAACAGCGGAUUACCACAGCAGCGGGAACAUCGUGAACAACGGCUGGAAGAUCCACAACACAGCGAAGAACAAGUGGUUCGUCUGCAUGGCAAAGACGCCGGAGGAGAAGCAGGAGUGGCUGGAGGCCAUUUUAAAAGAGAGAGAAAGACGAAAAAACUCUGGGAAGAGCCGCAGGAUUACACUGGUGGAGCUUGGCAUGCUCAUUUUGGUUUUGCGGAGAGGUGGAUGGGAAGGAGAGGGAGUUGAGUUUGUGUCGUGGCUGAUGGAGAUCGGAGAGACCAAUAACCCUGAGGAAGGGGUUCAUUUGGGCCAGGCUCUUCUGGAAAAUGGCAUCAUCCACCACGUUACAGACAAGCACCAGUUUAAGCCAGAGCCGGUGCUCUAUAGGUUCCGCUAUGAUGACGGCACAUACCACCCUCGCAGCGACAUGCAGGAUGUUAUCUCCAAGGGUGUGAGGCUGUUCUGCCGACUCCAUAGUUUAUUCACACCGGUGAUCAGGGAUAAGGAUUAUCAUCUACGAACAUAUAAAUCGGUGGUGAUGGCCAACAAGCUGAUAGACUGGCUCAUAGCACAGGGUGACUGCCGAAGCAGAGAAGAGGCGCUGAUCUUGGGGGUGGAGCUGUGUGACAAUGGAUUCAUGCAUCAUGUUUUGGAAAAAAGUGAAUUUAAGGACGAGCCUCUUCUGUUUCGCUUCUUUGCCGACGAGGAAAUGGAGGGUUCCAACACCAAACACAAGCCCAUAAAGCAUGAUCUUAAAAUAGUGGAGAAUGUCAUCGCCAAGUCGCUGCUGAUAAAGCCAAGUGAAGGAGGUUAUGGCUUCACGCUAGAAGAUCGAAACAGAGUACUCAUCGUCAAAUCAGUGGAGAAAGGUUCUCAUGCUGAGAUGGCUGGUCUGGAAGUGGGGAAAAAGAUCUUUGCUAUUAAUGGGGACCUGGUCUUCUUGAGACCUUUCCAGGAUGUGGAAAACUUCCUAAAACAGUGCUUCCACAUCAAAGGCCCCCUCAGAGUACUGGUCAGCACCAAACCCAGAGAGACUGUGAAGAUCCCAGACUCUGUGGACGGAUUGGGCUUUCAGAUCCGGGGGUUCGGCCCAUCUGUGGUGCAUGCGGUUGGCAGAGGCACCGUUGCAGCAGUCGCAGGCCUUCACCCGGGUCAGUGCAUCAUUAAAGUGAACGGCAUCAAUGUGAGCAAAGAAAGCCACGCCAGUGUCAUCGCCCACGUCACAGCCUGCAGGAAGUACCGGCGUCCCACACAGCAAGACUCCAUUAAAUGGGUGUACAACAACAGCGAGAGCGCACAGGAAGACCACAAGAGAACCAAUCAGAAGCCCGCCGCAGGGGAGAACGGAGAUGUGUUUGAGUGUAAAGUUGAAGAAGUCAUGGACAAGUUCAACACCAUCGCCAUAAUAGACGGAAAAAAAGAUCACGUCAGCCUGACGGUGGAUAACGUGUAUCUGGAGUACGGCGUCAUGUACGAGUAUGACAGCACGGCUGGGAUGAAGUGUCACGUCUUGGAGAAAAUGGUGGAACCAAAAGGCUUUUUCAGCCUCACGGCCAAGAUUUUAGAAGCAUUGGCCAGGAACGAUGAGCAGUUGGUGCAGACUUGUAGUCGACUGAGCUCCAGCACAGAGCUUAUCUCUGAGGACCUGCAGACCAGAUUCAGUGCCAUGUGCGGCGAGAAACUGGAGCAUAUCAAUCGAAGGAUCACCAAUUACAGGAAGUUUUCACGGGUUUUGAAGAACAGGGCCUGGCCCACAUUCAAGCAGGCGAAGACCAAGGUUUCCCCUCUACACAGCAGUGACUUUUGCCCCACCAACUGUCACAUCAAUGUAAUGGAGGUGUCUUAUCCCAAGACCACUUCUUCCCUUGGAAGUGCCUUCGGAGUCCAGCUGGACAACAGGAAAAACACUCUAGAGAAAGGAGGCCACAAUUCAGAGCAGGGCAUGCUGAACCCCAUGGUUUACGUCCAGCAUAGUAUCACAAGCAUGGCCGCCCCAUCAGGACACAGUCUUAGCAGGGCAGAAGGUCACGGUCUGCGCUUCCUGCUCCGGGAGGAUGAACUACUCAUCCUGGAUGCCUACCACAAACUGCUGACAAAACUCACCACUGUCGUCAAAGAGAUGGCGUGCUACGCUGCCCAGAUUCAUGAUUUGCUUUCCUCUAUCACACAUCCCACAGGGUCUGAAGGGAAGCCCACUGAGAGCUACAUUUCAGCUGAGAGUGAGUGCGAGAAAAGUGAACGCAAUGGGAAGAAAGUGUGUUUUAAUGUGACCGGAGACGAGCAGGAGGACUCGGGUCACGACACCAUCAGCAACAGGGACUCCUAUAGUGAUUGUAACAGCAACAGGAACUCCAUAGCGUCCUUCACCAGCAUCUGCAGCAGUCACUGCAGCUCUUACGUGCACAGCGACGAGAUGGACUCAGGUGACGAGAUGCCAACCAGUGUGUGGAUAUCUCACGACAAACAGAAGAAGCUACAUGGCUUCCUGGAGCAUCUGUUCAGUCAGGUGGAGUCCAUCACCAGUUUGUUGAAAGGAACAACUGUGACACGAGCCUUUGAACAGACCAAGUGUUUCACUCCGGGACGAGGACUUCAAGAGUUUCAUCAGGACAUGGAGCCUAAGCUUAACUGCACCAAGAAACUGCGGCUUCACGUCAAGCAGGAUCCGUGGAACCUGCCCAGCAGCGUUCAGGCUCUCACACAUACCAUCGCCAAGUUUGCAGAAGAGGUGAAAACGCGGCUACUCUUGGUCCUACUGCAAUACACAGACUCAGAGAUUCAGUUGAGGAGGGAUAUGGUGUUCAGUCAGAGUCUGGUGGCAGCGGUUUGCUCUUUCUCAGAGCAGUUGUUGGCCAUGCUAAAUCAAGCUCUCAGCAUUGAGAGUGAAAGUCAGGAAGCCAGUCGCCGCUGGCUGGAGCAGAUCUCCUCUGCUGGGCUUCUGUUGCAUUUCCAAUCCCUGCUCUCCCCCAACUUGACGGAUGAGCAGGCCAUGCUAGAAGACACACAAGUUGCUCUCAUAGACCUGGAGAAGGUCACAUUCUACUUCCGGCAGUUUGAAGGAGAGCCUCUUGUUGCUAACAUGCCUAUCUCAUACCAAGUUGAGGGCACACGGCAGGCUUUGAAGGUCUGUUUUUACCUAGAGGCGUUCUACUUCCAGCAGUUACCCCAGAGACUAAGACACGGCGGUAGCUUCAAAAUUUACCCCGUCCUGUUCACCCAGGCCUUGGAGAGCAUGGAGGGAUAUUAUUACCGAGAAAAUUUGUCAGUGGAAGAGUAUCAGGCCCAAAUCAAUGCUGGAUCCCUGGAGAAGGUCAAGCAGUACUACAAGAGACUCCGGGCCUUUUAUCUGGAUAAAUCGAACCUUCCCCCCAGCUCAGCUCCCAAAGCAGCCUUCAUAGACAAGCUGAUGCGUCCUCUGAAUGCCCUGGAUGAGUUGUAUAGACUGAUGGAAAGUUUUAUCUCGUGUCGACGGACGGCUGCGUGCCAGUUCACAGCCUGUGGAGCGUCUGGAGUCGGGCUGCUCACCGUGGCCUCGGAGCUGUGCAGCCGCCUGGGAGCUUGUCACAUCGUCAUCUGUAACAGCGGAGUACACCGUUGUACUCUGAGUGUCACGCUGGAACAGGCCAUUCUUCUGGCCCGCAAUCACGGCUUGCCCCCACGAUGCAUCAUGCAGGCCACUGACGUCAUGAGGAAGCAGGGAGCAAGAGUGCAGAACUCGGCCAAGAACCUGGGAGUGAGAGACCGCACCCCAUCAACAGUGCCAAGAUUGUACAAACUGUGCCAGCCUCCACCUCCUGACGGCGACCCCUGAACCCACAUCUUCAACUGAUCUGGCCAAGCUCUGGUCCAACUCCAGACGACACACACAUUGUCCACGUCAAGAGACCCACUGGACGUUCACCCUCACUCUUGCUCAGAGGCAGAUCUGUCCCCUCAACUCAAAGGAUUCACAGCGUAAUAUCUAUUUGACUUUUGUCAGAGCUUUUUAAAGGCACCAUUAUUUUUUUGUUUCAUGCUUUGCUACGACGCAUCUCAUUCUAGACCGAAGAUCAAACAAACAGGAUGUCUGAUCUCCCAGCUGCUGUCAAGUCAUUCACAUCAAUUGAGUGUCAGUCAUAAUGUCUGUUUCAAAUACCUUUGUGCUUUGUGUAAAAAAAAAACAAUAAUUGCACAGUGCUUUAUUCUCUGUAUGUUAAGGGGUAACUUUUGUUUAUAGUUCCUGUUUGGACAUACCAUCAAAAAGCCUCAUUGCAACUGUAUGUGCAUUUUUUUUUUUUCAUCUAUUUUCAUAAAAAUCUUUAACAUAUGUAUAGGUUUGGCUUUCACGUUAUUAGGUUUCUCAACUUAGAGUUUAUUAACACCAUAGUGCAUUAAGCUACAUGUUGCAGUCUCAGUGAAUCUGGAGUGACAUACAGUACUGGAAAGUUCGUACGACAUGGUCAUCAGUGUUGUAGAUUUAUAUAUUUGUCACACUUACAUAGGUAUAUAAGUCAUUUUGUCUCCACAUUUAAAAUAUUCAGUACUCAGGACAGGAGUUGUUAUAUGUUAUAUGUUGCUUAAAAUAACACAUUAAUCAAUCAUUACUAUGCAAUAUUGAGAAACCGCUCUAAACAGGAAUGGUUUAUUAACUCCACAAGUUCCAUUUUGAGAAAUUAAGAUAUUUUAUAAAAUACAUCUGUCUGACUUAAUAUGCUCUUGAUAAAAGCAGCAAGAAGGGAACAUUCAUUCAUGUGAAAAUAUUACUGUAAAAAAGUUUUCACUGAAAAAGACAGUUAUUUAUUUUGUCAUAAAA